UCUUUCCCUCGUUGUCGAAGAAUUAACAGGAUGCUUUCCAACGAGUCAGCACCUCCUCCUGCAUUCAUUCGCUCCAAUUCACAGGCCUCCAUGGACAGCACUUCCAUGGAGGACUUUUGGUGUGAAGUGGAGAGCAUCAAGGAGAGCAGAGAAGAUGGAUCUGAAGGAGCAACACUCCUGGAGUUCAAACCUGCUGACGAAGGGGAGCUGGAGGCAGAAUGGCUGCAAGAUGUAGGUUUAUCUACGUUGAUCUCAGGAGCUGAAGAGGAGGACGGCCAAGCCCUGCUGUCCACUCUGACCAGAACUCAAGCUGCUGCUGUACAGAAGAGGUACAACACCUACACUCAGACACUGAGGAAGAAGAACAAACACACAGUCCGGGAUGUGCGAGACAUCUUUGGCACCAAUGACUCUUCUCCCACAUUUGAGACAGUUCCAGUGACACCAGUUCCUUCUAACGGUAUCCAGCAUCCUGGGCAGAAGGCAGUUUGGAAAUCAGUUAGCUCUAAUAGCUGUCUAGACUGCGGACUAGAUAAAGGCAGCCCAUCCAUAACAGAAGAGCUAUCCUAUGAGGUCUCUUUCUCAGAAUCCAUCACAGUCCUUCCAAAAACCCAAGAGUGGCCAAAAAGUCAGAGGUUCAAAAAGGAAGACUCAGCUUUGCCUAAAUUCAUUGUUCGGAAAAGCCGGUUUGGACUGACAGAAGUUGGAGACCUCUCUCCUGAAGACAUGAAGAAGAUCCGCUACCUGUCCCUGAUUGAGUUAACUGCCUUCUACGACGCACUGGGCGUGGAACUGAAGAGGAACCGCGCAGAGAGGGUGCGGGGACGAGAAAAUGGUCUUUUUGGAGUCCCUCUCAACAUAUUGCUGGAGAAUGAUCAAAAGAAGGUUCCUGGAAUAAAAGUUCCCCUCAUCUUCCAAAAAUUGCUGCUCAAGCUUGAGGAAACAGGUUUGGAAACCGAAGGAAUCCUACGGGUUCCUGGAUCUGCCUCCAGAGUCAAG